GGACCGAACCUAACCCCUUCACUUCUCUCUUAUCUCUCCUUCGUGUUUCUUUUAGCAGCGUUUAAUAUUGAACUUUCGUGUGUUUUCUGCUCUUCUUCGAUUACAACUACGAUUAUUAUUAUACACUGUUCUUUCCUCCGUUCUAAAGUAGUUACCUGACCACACUGUCAGCACCCGUUAAACCAAGAACACAGGUGGUCAAAAAAUUAUGGAGUCUCACGAUGAGACAGGAUGCCAGGCUCCAGAACGCCCCAUUCUUUGCAUUAAUAAUUGUGGCUUCUUUGGAAGGGCUGCAACCAUGAAUAUGUGUUCCAAAUGUUACAAGGACACACUUUUGAAGCAGGAACAAGGCAAACUUGCUGCAACAUCCGUUGAAAACAUUGUGAAUGGUGGUUCCAGCAGCAAGGGGAAGCAGGCCGUGACUGUGGGUGCUGUGGAUGUACAAGUUGGAAAUGUGGAGCUGAAGGCAGUCAGUGCUGAGAUUUCUGGGGAUUCAUCCUCUGUUGAGAAUUUGCAGAUUAAAGCCAAGACAAGUCCUAACAAAUGUGCUACUUGCCGGAAGCGUGUUGGAUUAACUGGUUUCAGCUGCAAAUGUGGAAACCACUUUUGUGCAAUGCAUCGCUAUUCUGACAAACAUGAUUGCCCUUAUGAUUACCAGACUCUUGGUCGGGAUGCUAUAGCUAAAGCCAACCCUUUAAUUAAGGCAGAUAAGCUUGACAAAAUCUAGAGAUGCACCAGACUGGAGGUUAAUCUAUGAAUUGGGUGUCUCACCUUUGGCUGUCUGGAUUUUGAAGUGUGCUUUAGUGAUUAAAUUGAUCCAUGUCAUGAUAGUAAGCACGUUUAGGGUAAAACCUGCAUUCCUUGUUGAUUGGUGAGGAUUCACUUGUUAGCUACCGUAUGUUUGUGCCAGUUUGAUGGACGCUAUUGGCUCAUUUUGUAAUUUGAUUUCCUGGUUGGUCUACAUUUUUUUCUCAUUGCAUUAAUGGUAUUUCCUGCUUAGUUUGUAUGCGCUUUUGCAUUUGGUA